AUAGUUGUUUUAUUUGGUUUUUUUGGAUCAGUUGUUUGAUUCAUGCGCGACAAUAAACCAUAUGUGUAUGUAUACAUACAAUCGGUGAUCGAAUAAAAAGGUAAUCUAAGCUCACGUGGAUUUUUAUAAAUUGUCAGUGUGAAUUUAAAAAAAUUUAAUAAUUGUUAUGAUAAAAAAAAAGAAAGAAAUUGAAUGGGAUUGAUGUAUAGAUUAUUGGAUUAUUUAUUUAAUAAUAAUAAACGAUGAACUGAAACAAGGCCAUAUUACACUGUUCAAUACAUAUUAUAUCAAAAACCAGUUUAUUAUUCACUCUGAAUUCAUUGCGUAAUGUUCAAAAGACAGAUAACAACAUUAAAAUUAUCAUACGUAGGAUGAAACUCACAGGAAGCGGUCAAAGUGCAAUUGAUUGGUUUUGUAAUUAUUAAUUAAAAUAACUGCUCAAUAACGAAUGAAUUAACAUUCCAUGUCAUGAUAUUACGUUUUUAAAUCAUUCAAGAAAUAUAUUUAAUACUUUGUGAGAGUUGAUACAGUAAUUAUCGAAGAUGCCUUCCAGACUGAGUAAAUUUGCUAUUAACACAAAUGGUUGUAAAGAUUUUACACAUCCUUGGACGGAUUCAUGUAUGUCAGCACAAGUUGGACUUGGGCUUCAUGCACUCCAAGAAUCCCUUAAAAUAUAUUCAACUGUUUACUUGGGAGCAUUAUUAAUGAGAGGAAAAGUACCUUCAAAAAAAGAUGUAUUAAAAGCGAUACUUGGUAUUUUACAAUCAACUGCAUUUUUAUCUUGGAGCGCUUAUACAUAUCCAAUAUUUAUCUGUACUUUCAGAAAGCUAUUAGGAAAUUUCAAUAUUAUAACAGUAUCUUUUCUUCCAUCCUUUCUUUCGAGUCUAGCUGCGAUAGUUAUUGAAAGGCCGUCAAGAAGAACACUUUUGUGUUUGUAUGUCGCCAAUAUCGCAACAGAGACAGCUUUUCGGAUGGCUGAAUGGCGAGGCAUUGUUAAGCCAAUACCGUACGGAAAUGUUUAUAUAUUUGCAGCUAGUAUGGCCACGCUGAUAUAUUUUUAUCGGAGCAAAAGUUUAAAGACAGAUUCGAUAUUUAAAUUACUACGAAUUGUUGUUAGUCCUUAUGAUGAUCCUGAAUAUGCAAAGCACCGAGUUUUGAUAUCUGAGCCAUCAACUAGCAAAAAUAUAAAUAGUCAAAUGAAAAAUUCAGUUGAUAGAAGUAAAAAAAAGUCUUCUUACAAUUUUAUACAAAAAUCAAUACGAGCUUAUCAGAAUUUUAUAAACUGGAUUAAAAAUACUGCUAGACACAAUUCGUGUCCCCAUCCCUACAGUUGUUUGCAUUUUAUUCUAGGAGGUAGUUUUAAAAUGUUUAGUUUUGGAUUAUCUAUUCAACUAGGAUUGAAUUUGAUAUUUAAGUUUAGAAAAUUUAUAACAAAGCCUAGUUUGUUAAAAGAAGAGUUUCUUAAGAAAAGUACUUUUAAUUUGGCACUAUUUGUUGGAGGAUUUUCUGGAAUUUAUCGGUUAGUAUCAUGUUUAUUGAGAAAUUUAAGUAAUAAAAAUUCGAAAUUUCACGCUAUACCUGCAAGUUUAUUAGCAAGUGUAUCAUUUGCGAUGUAUCCUAGUAAUACAAUAGCGUUGUACGUUAUGUGGAAAUCUUUGCAGCUUCUGUGGAACAGCGGAGUCGAAGAUGGAAUAUUACCAGAAGUAAAGUGGUUUAAUAUUUUCUUCUAUUGCUUCUGUACAGCUAUACUUUUUCACGUGGCAAUUAUUGAACCACAAAAUUUACGUGGAUCUUAUUGGAAAUUUUUGUGCUCUAUAUCUGGCGGAAGAGUGGCUGCGAUGUCACGUACACCUCUCGAUCAAUUUGGAUUGGAAACUUCUAAACAUCUCCAAGAAGUCAUGAAAAAAACUAAUACCACAGAUUACUUUCCAUACUCAUACUAGGAUAUACAUUAUUUAAAUUUAAUCUAGUAUUGUUUUUUUGAAUUAAUUAAUAAUAUCUAUCAUCAUGAAAAGCGUUAAGUGAUCUCGUAAAAAAAUACAGAAGAAAAAAAAUUAAAACAUUAUUGGUGUUCACCGGGUAAUUAUAAUUAAAAACAAUUUGAUAGCCUCAACAAUAUAUUAGGGUAUAAAUUUUUAUAGUAAAUAUAUGAGGGUCCAACUCAAUCUUAUAUUUGAAGAUUGAAACCAAAGAAUUGAAGUCAAGAUAUAAAUAUUAGGAAAUGCAUUUUAAAAUUGAAAAAUUUGUUCACUA